CAAGGACAUAAUCAUCAACACCAAGAAACAUGCAGACGCUUGAGGACAUUGAGAUGAUGAAUGAUGGACGUUAUCUGGACUGUGCUGAAGCUUCAAAGUGUUUCAUGAUGGAGGAACAAACCACAGAGAGACUUUCAGAGAGUGUGAAGCUGAAUCUGGUUGUGUGCGGGAGUGACGGCUCAUUAAAAUCGUCCGUAUCAGAGCUGAUCCGGCAGCAGACAGACAGAAGAUCAGACGUGGAGCUUCAUGAUCGUCUGAUUAAUCUGCUGGAGCUUCCAGCUCUGACUGGUCUCUCGGAGGAGGAAGUGAUGCGUCAGACUCUCCGCUGUGUGUCUCUCUGUGAUCCUGGAGUUCAUGCUUUCCUCCUCAUUAUUCCUGACGCUCCACUCAAUAAUGAAGACAAAGCAGAAAUACAGGAGAUCCAGAAGAUCUUCAGCUCAAGAAUCAAUAAAUACAUCAUGAUUCUCAUAAAGCAGAGUUCAGAGCAUCAGACAGAAGAACUCAGUGAAGAAACACAGUCUGUCAUUCAGAGGUUUGGAGGACGACAUCAGUUCUUUGGUCUCAAAACACAAGUGUCCACAUUGAUGGAGAACAUCGAGCAGAUGCUGGAAGAAAACAGAGGACAGUGUUUCUCCACAGAAAUGUUUCUGGAGGCGCAGGUGAAAAAACUGAUGAAAUAUGAAGAGAUAAAGAAGAAAGUUCAUUCACUAGAGACACAUUUACUGUCACAAGGUUCAUCAGAGAGUGAAGAUGAUCUGAGGAUUGUGCUGCUGGGAAAAACUGGAGUCGGGAAAAGUGCAACUGGAAACACAAUCUUAGGAAGAGAAACAUUUACAGCAGAAACAUCUCAUGAGUCUGUGACUAAAGAGAGUCAGAGAAAAUCAUCUGAAAUCAACAGCAGAUGUGUUACUGUGAUCGACACUCCAGGACUGUUUGAUACUGAACUCAGUAACGAGGAGAUCCAGAGAGAAAUCAGACACUGCAUCUCCAUGAUCCUGCCUGGACCACAUGUGUUCUUCAUUGUGCUCAAUCUAGGACGAUUCACUCAAGAAGAAGCAACAGCUGUGAAGAUCAUCCAAGAGACAUUUGGAGAGAAAUCUUUAAUGUUCACCAUGGUGCUCUUCACCAGAGGAGAUGACCUGAAGAACAAAACUAUUGAACAGUUUCUGGGAAAACCUGGAUCUCCUCUGAUGAAUCUGAUUGAAGCGUGUGGAAACAGAUAUCAUGUGAUCAAUAAUAAUCAGACUGAAGACCGAACACAGGUGACUGAUCUACUGCAGAAGAUAGACAACAUGCUGAAAGAAAACGGAGGGAGUUACUACUCGUGUAAGAUGUUCAGACAGAUGGAGAGAGAAAAACAAGAACAACAGAUGAAGAUCCUGAUGGACAGAGUCAGAGAAAGAGAAGAAGAACUCAGAGAAAGAGAAGAACGAUAUAAAAGAGAAAUGAAGGAACAGGAGGAGCACAUGAGAGACGAGAUGAAAAGAGAAAGAGAGAUGUUUAAAGAUGAAAUGAGUCAAGAAAAAGAGACUGUAAAGAAAGAAAAAGAAAAUCUACAGAUAGAAAUAGACAGACUGAUGAACAGAAUAGAGAAUGAAAGACAGAAUCAUGACCGUGAGAGAAAGAGAAGAGAAGAAGAGAUUCAUGAGAGAGAAGAGAGAUAUAAAUCACUAAUGAAAGAGAAAGAGGAGAAAGAGAGAGAAAUGCAAAAUAAGAUGAAGAGAGAACGAGAGAAAUGGACGAAACAGAAACAAGAGGAAAAGAUGAAAAGAGAAGAAGAGGAUGAGAAAAGAAGAGAGAAAGAACAGAGAGAUUAUGAUGAAUUUAAUCAGAGACUGAAACAAGAGAGAGAACGAAUGGAAAGAGAGAAAAAAGUUCUUCAAUCUAAACAUGAAGAAGAAGAAAACAAGAUGAAGAUGAUGAUGGAGGAAGAACGAGUGAAUCACAAAGAGAGAAAGAGAUCUGGAUAUGUGUGUCUCUGGCUCAUUGGUGUUCUUGUGCUGGCCUUCAUAUAUCAGCACUAUCAAUUCACCAAAAGCCUAGAACAAGCAAAGCGUGAAUAUGAGAAAGAAAAACAAGAAUUAAAAGAGAAAAUUAAACGUGAAACCAGAGAACAAGCAGAGCGUGAAUGUCAUGAAAAACUUGUAAAGGAAGUGGCUAAAGCUGAAGCAAAACGAUCAUACAGAUCAAAGGGAACUCGUGACUGGGCUUACUAUAUUCCUGUUGUUGGAGCAGCUGCUGGAGUAGUUGCUGGUUUUGCUGAAGACAUUGUGCAUAGGAUUUUCAGAUAAUAUGAAGCUGAAGGAUGAGUUCAGUGAAAUUAAGGCCACACAACUUCUCCCUCAUCAUCCAUUUGACACUGAUGUUUGUCAAAGAACUCUUCAUUAUCCUCAAGAAAUGCUUCACUUCAGCAUCCAUCUUCAGGCACCCUAAACCUCUGAGGACUUUCAUCAUGGAGACUGAUAUUGUUAACUCUGGAGUACAUUUCAAUAAUAUGUAAGUGCUGUGUAGGGAGUGAAUUUAUUUCCUUAUAAAAUUAAUUCUGAAGCCAAAACUCUCCCAAAGACAGAUGCCAUGCAAUAAAGCCAUGAAACUAAUCUGGAGAAGAGAUCUCCAAAGAGAACAAACACCAAAACUUAUCUCCUUUAUCAUUUAUGACCACCUUCUUCCCUCUUCUCCCCUCUGCCCGCUCUGUCUCUCCUCCCUCACUCUUCUUCCCCAAAAAGCAAGAAUAUCCAUAUGCCACAAAUGUUAUAUUUUGUCAUUUAUGUUGUAUUUUUUCUUUCAUGUUUGGUAUCAUUUUAAAGGUCUCUGUGCGAUUGGUAAAUUGGUCUCUUAUAUUAUGAGAAAUAUUGAAAACUUGAAUUAACUCUGUACUUCUGUUGUGGGGGCGGUCUCCUUUCAAAAUCUGAUAAACAUUGCUCUACAGGUGUGACCAUUUGGUGCACGAGAACAGCUUCUACAGAAGGCUUCUCAUCCCCCAUACACAGAUCUAAUCUGUGGGGGGCCGAGAAUAAAUGUUUAGGGCCCUUUUGUUCUGGUAGUAUUUAAGGGAAAGUAGCAAAUCAGUCAUUAUGAUUCUGUAUCCAGAAUGAGCCCGUAGUGUGGUGUCUCUACACUCCAUACUAUGUAUUUCCUGAGGUCUGGUGUGCAUCUUUUAAUUAAUCUUUGAGCAUUUGAUGUUUUGUAUUGAUAUGAUUUGACAUCUUUGAAUUGGCUAUGCAAUUGUCAUAAUUAAUACAUAUGCA